UGUGAACAGAGUUUAAAAGCUGCUGCAGGACUGCAGACAUUCAGAGGAAGCUGGACCAGCAAUGGCUCUGCUGAAGGUUCUGCUGCUGCUGGUGGGUCUGGGUGUUUCAGUGAACUCAGGUGUUUCUCUGCAGAAGAGAAUCAUUGGAGGUCAAAACUGUCAAGACACGGAGCGUCUUUAUCAUGUUCGGCUGGAGAGCAGCAAUGGUACUCAUUCGCACCGCUGUGGAGGAUCUCUGAUCCACCCUCUUUGGAUCCUGACUGCAGCUCGAUGCUGGAAGUUGGAGCCAGGAUGGACUAACACAGCAUUCUUAAAAGUUCAUCCACGUACUAAUAUACGUUACAAUCUGGGAAUCCAAGACGCUCUGGUGAUGUAUACUCACAACGACCAGCAGCAUGACAUCAUGUUGUUGAAGCUUCAGACACCAGCAUCAGAUGUCCCUCUUGCUCAGCUACCAGACUGCAGUUAUCGUCUUAAAACAGGCGAUGUUGUUCAGUUGGCAGGAGAAGGAGCAACGACAACCGGCCCCAAUAAUCGGCGAUUAACCGGUGUUGCUCUUCCAGCACAACUUCAGUGUCUUGACAUGAGAGUUGUUCAGGUUUCCCGCCUCUUCCGCCUCUAUGGGCAUGUAUUCUAUUCUGACGCACGGAACAAGGAUAUAUGCAUUGGCGAUGUUGGUGGAGCAGCAGUGCACAACGGCAAGAUUUAUGGUGUGAUUUCUUUUGCUCAUCCAUACCACGGAUGUCAGAUACCAGCUGCAGCUAUGGAUGUGUGUGAAUAUCUGGGAUGGAUAAAACCUAUAACUGGGAUUGAAUAAAACAUGAACUAUCAUGAAAUAUAAUUCUCAUCAAAUUUUGUCUCACAUAAUUUUAUAUUUGUAUCUUCAUCAGUUUGAUCCACAUUUGUAGAAUUAGAAUAAAUCAAUAGAUUUGUUUUUUCUCACCUGAUCUUGACCUCCUCAAUGAAGCUCAGAAAUGAAAAAUAAACCAAUAAAUGCAUGAAAAAGAAACA